AUGGAGGAGGUGAAUGAGGAAGACAAGGAUGAGGAUGUGGAGGAGGUGAAUGAGGAAGAUUUGGAGAAGGUGAAUGUGGACAAGGAUGAGUAUCUGUUGAAUGAAGAAGAUUUGAAGAAGGUGAAUGUGUUGAUUGAGGAUCUGGUGAAUGAGAUGGUGGAGGAGGAAGAUGUGAUGAAUGGUGAGAAGAUUGAGAUUGAGGAUAUGGUGGAUAAGGUGAAUGAGAUGGUGGAGGAGGAAGAUAUGAUGAAUGGUGAGAAUAUUGAGAAGUUGAAUGAUGUGGUGGAGGAGGAUGUGAAGAAGUUGAAUGAUAAGGUGGAGGAGAAUGUGCAGAAGUUGAAUGAUAAGGUGGAGGAGGAUGUGAUGAAGUUGAAUGAUGCAGAGGAGGAGGAUAUUGAUGAUAUGCAGAAGUUUAAUGAGGAUGUGGAGAAUGUGGAGGAUGUGGUGGUUAAGGUGAAUGAGAUGGUGGAGGAAGAUGUGGUGAAUGAGAGGAUUGAGGAUGUGGUAGUUAAGGUGAAUGAGAUGGUGGAGGGAGAUGUGGUGAAUGAGAGGAUUGAGAAUAUUGAGGAUGUGGUGGGUAAGGUGAAUGAUAAAGACAAGGAUGAGGUGAAGAAGAAGAAGGUGGAGAAGAAAGAAAACAAGCAGAAGGUGGAGAAGAAGGAAGACAAGAAGAAUGUGGAGGAGGAUGUGUUUGUGGAGAAUUUGGAGAAGAAGAAGGUUGACAAGAAGAAAGACAAGGUCGAGAAAAAGGACAAUCAGAAAGUGGAUGAGGAUGUGAUGGAAGUGAACGAUACUACAGUCCAAUAUAAGAGAAAGAGGUCGAGGUCGAGAAUACUACUUACUCCCUACACCGAUCCUUCUGGAAAAAAUGAGUGUCAAAGAUCCAAUCAAGGUCGAUCCUUUGGUGAAAUUUUAUCCGGAACUGCUAGAAGAGUUGAUGAAAGAGUUGAGGGAAAAAAAAUAAAUGUAAAAUGCUAG